CGAAAGACGACUUACGUAUCCCUAGUCACUGCGAGAUACGAAUGGUGAAUGGUCGUCGCGUAUGUCUGUUACGGAGAACCAAAAAAAAGUAAGGAGAAAAUAAUAGUCAACAAAAAUAGUAGAAAAACAUAAACAACGACACUGCAUAAAAACAAUUGUUUUUUAUGACACUUCAUAUAAAAUAGUCAUUUAUGACAUUGUGUUGUUGUUGCUGUUGUCAUCGUUGUCGUCUUCGUCGUUAUUGCCUGCAGUUUGGUUGUCAAAACAUAUUUUAUUAAGUUUUUCUUGUCACAUCACCUGUCUCUCUGUUGGUCUGUGUGUCGCCGCUUUAUAUUGGGAUUUCUGUGGAGCAACGUUUUUCUUUGGAUAUCUGUGUUUAAUUAUCAAUGAGAAUGGAAGUUCAAACGAAUCACAUGAACAAUUCUCUUAUAUCACCUUUAUCCGCCACAAAUCCUCAAACGUUGACCACCAGCAACACAUCAGCAGCAUCAUCGUCAUCAUCUCCGUCACCACCACAAGCAACAUCGGCAGCAGUAACUCCACCAUCUGUUGCCGCAACAGCUGUACAUUUGCAAAAGGCCGCCAUGCAAAUGAACGACAGCCUAACACAGCUAAGUCGCAGCGAUAGUCCAGCCAGUUCAAAUUCUGAAAUUGAAAAAGAAUUACAGGAUUUGGAUUUGAAUAGUUCCAUGAAUAGUGGCAGCAUAAGUUUGGGUGCCGAAUUAAAUUGCAAAUCGAAUGGUUCACUAAGCGGUGCCUCAUCAUCAUCAACACAAGGCCUUGUGGGAGGUGGUACAGCGGUCGUGGGCAAUGGCGGCGCUGAAAAUGGUGGCGAUGCGUCUGCGGCAAAGACUGCAAACACCACAACGAAUGGAAGUAGUAAUGCAGCCAAUAAUUUGACCACAGCCGCAGUGGCUGCGGCAAAUAUUAAGAAACGCAUUUCAUCGAGUCGAACACCAACACGAAAAGCUAGACGAAUAAAGUUCUAUCGAAAUGGUGAUCGUUUUUAUCCAGGCAUAACCAUUCCAGUUUCAAAUGAACGUUAUAGAUCAUUUGAAAGCCUAUUUGAAGACCUAACGAGACUUUUAGAAGAAAAUGUUAAAAUUCCAGGUGCUGUACGUACCAUAUAUACCAUGUGUGGUAAAAAGAUCUCUACAUUGGAAGAACUUGAAGAUGGUCAAAGCUAUGUGUGUUCCUGUAAUAAUGAGAAUUUCAAAAAAGUCGAAUACAAUACAACAUCACAACCACUUACCAAUCUAUCGAUAUCCAACAAAACAUCAAAUCGUCUAUCCAAAUAUUAUCGGCCCUCGUCCCCAUUGAAGAAUGGUUCAACAAACACCAACGCCAUGGGCAAUGGCAGCGCAUCGGCCACAACCAAUACAAAUGGCAGUCCAAUUCUGGUGAGAAUGAGUGAACGCGACAGCAUUGUACAUCCCCGUAUUGUUACACUGAUACGCAACGGUACACGGCCACGUAAACUUAUGCGUCUGCUAUUGAAUAAACGUAACAGUCCCAGUUUCGAUCAUGUCCUGACGGCAAUAACGCAAAAAGUCAAACUCGAUACGGGUUAUGUACGUAAAGUGUUCACACUGUCUGGUUCGCCAGUUACAAAUCUAGCCGAUUUCUUUGGUCCCGAUGAUGUGUUCUUUGCCUAUGGCACAGAGCGUGUUAAUAAUCCGGAUGAUUUUCGCCUCGAAACCGACGAACAGAAGGCACUGCAGGCAAUACGUAAAAAUUUACGUACCGCUGGCACCACAUGUAAAGGUCCCAAACCAAAGAUGCCUGUAAAGAGCAAGAAGACCUAUGAUACCUCGGCUUUGGACGAAGAGAAGCUGUUAAAUGAAAGUGGAAUCGAUCCCCAAGAGCUGCCAGCUGUUAUUCGUGAACGUUAUGUCUUGGGACAGAUAAUUGGUGAUGGUAAUUUUGCCAUUGUCCUAAAGUGUAAAGAUCGUCAAAGUGGCUACACAUAUGCUUUGAAGAUUAUCGACAAAAGCAAGUGCAAAGGCAAGGAACACUAUAUCGAUGAUGAAGUGCGCGUCAUGAAGAAAUUAUCACAUCCACAUAUUAUAUCGCUAAUAAUGGAUGUUGAUCAACAGGCUAAUAUGUAUUUGGUGCUUGAGUAUGUUGGUGGUGGUGAUUUAUUUGAUGCUAUUACACGUGUUACCCGAUUCUCUGAAGAUCAGUCUCGUGUCAUGAUCAAACAUUUAGCAUCUGCUAUGGCUUAUCUACAUUCCAUGAGUAUUGUACAUCGGGACAUUAAACCAGAGAAUUUAUUGGUCGAGCUUGACGAUAGUGGCAAUGUAAUUGUCUUAAAAUUGGCCGAUUUUGGUUUAGCAUGUGAAGUUACCGAGCCACUGUAUGCUGUAUGUGGUACACCAACAUAUGUGGCUCCGGAAAUCCUAAUGGAAACUGGUUAUGGUUUAAAAAUCGAUGUUUGGGCAGCCGGUAUUAUAUUAUAUAUACUCCUGUGCGGUUUCCCACCAUUUGUUUCGCCCGACAAUCAACAGGAACCGCUAUUCGAUGCAAUUAUCUCGGGUAUUUAUGAAUUUCCCGAUCCCUAUUGGUCGGGCAUUGGCAAUGGGGUGCGUGAUCUUAUUGCCAAUAUGUUACAAUCCGAUCCAGAUGUACGUUUUACCAGCGAAGAUAUCCUCGACCAUUAUUGGACAAUGGGUAAUGAUGACAUUAUCAAUGAAUACAGCAGCUGAAUGAUAAACGAUGGUGAAUAGAAAAAGAAAUAACAAGAACACAGCUGUAAAACCAAUUCCCGCUCUAAGUUCGUUUAUUAAGAAACAAAAUACACACACACACACCUUUAUGUAAUGUGGCUGGUUCAAAACUAACAUUUUUGUGUUAAGAUGUCAGAGGAAACUAAAAGAAAAAUAUACAUGCAUAUAUAUAGGAGAAAAAAAAAACAAGAACAAUUAAUAACAAAAAAAAUUGAAAAUAAUAAGCCUGUAGUAUUUUUUUCUUAUUUUAUAAUUAUUAAAUAAUUUUUUAUUUUAAUUUUUAAUAUUGUAUUUAAAAACAAAACGCUAUUAAAUUCUUCAUACCUUUACAAAGGAAACCACAAAUGCAAAACAAUCUAUAUUCCAUUUUAAAUAAACGAAGAUAAAAUUCAAAACAAAAAAAUAAAUAAAUUAUUGUUGAAAAAUACAUAAUUAAAGCAAACGAAACGAGCAGCAGAAGAAAUAGAAAUUCAAAGCAGAACAGACCUUAUGAAACAUUAACAACAACAACAUUUGUAUUUUUUUAAAACUAAAUAUAUGUAAUUUUUUUUCUAAACAAUAUAUAUUUCUACAACUUCUACAUAUAUACAUAUAAUCUAUCCAUCUAUCCAAUAUCUAUAUAUUUUUAAGUAUUUAAUUUUAAUUAUUUUUUAUGAAAAAUAUAUUUUAAACAACUCUUUUUUAAAACUGUUUCUUAUUGAGAGCAACAACAACAACAGCAUAGAUUUUAAAUCACAACACUAUUAUUAUGAUGAUAAUUAUUAAACAAGAAUCCAACAACAAAACAAUAUUUGUGUUUGUACAAAUAAAUGAAAUUUGUUUAACCAGAA